AUGCAACUAAGAGGAGGCCUCCGUUCUCGACUGUAUUUCAUCACACCGCGAGAUAUAAGAAACAUUGCCUCGAAGUGCCGAGUAGACCCUGGAAGACUCCAUCAUCUGGACACGGUGUCAGUUCAGAGACGAGUUGAUGCCAACUUGCAAUCUGAUGGCAUCCAGUUCUACAGGCCAGCACGAGACGCCAGCGGAGAUAGAUUCGUGCAGGUCGUCAUAAAUCCAACGCAGAAAGAGUGGCUCCGAAAGUAUGAAUGGGAUAGAGCUCUUCCAGCUGCGUACCUCGUCUCCUAUAGGAUGACUGAUAUAGAAGUUGGGAUGAUGUUUGAGCACGUGAAAAAGUUGCUCCCCUCAUUUCACACGGAUAACUUCAUAACGGACGAUACCAACACAUUUUGGAAUGGUUUCAGUAAAGUGUUUCUAUCGUCGUGGAAUAAACGGCUGUUAUGCCUAUGGCACGUACAGCAAGCCAUGAAGAGGAAUGCUAAUGCGAAAGUGGUUAACCGUGACCUGAGCGAGCCAUUCCUCAGAAAAAUGCGAGACAUCUGUCUUGUUCGCGAAAGAAGUGUCUUCGUAACACAAUACACAUCAAUGUUGAAGUAUGUUCGUGAAAAUGAUGAAAGCACGCUCGCGUCAUACAUGGAAAACACAUGGAGCAAUAGAGUGGACCAAUGGGCAGCCUUCGGGCGGUUAGGAUCUUGUGUCAGUACUUCUAUGCUCUGUGAGCGUUUCCAUAAAAAACUCAAGCAUGAGAUGUUGGAAGGGAAAGCAAACGUGAGGAUAGACAGACUUCUCCAACUACUCAUUGCCCUUACGACCGAGUUGGAAGAGGACCGGGAAAUUAUGAAGGAGAGAGGGCUGGAGGAAGGAAGGUACAGGCUCCAGCAACAUCACAAGGCGCACACGUCGGCUGUCAACAAAUAUUGUGGGCAGCAGCAACUUGUCACUGUUGUUGGUCCUGGAACCUGGGAAGUGAAAGAGAACGGAAGCCGUUCGCAGCAAGACGCCGUUUCCUCGGUAGUUGAUGGAGAAGUUGAAAACGAGCAUAAUGGACCGUACAGCAGCGACGGAGACGAAGAGAUGAUGGAAGUAGUAGUGGAAGAUGAUGUGGAAAACGAGUCGGUCGCAAGAAGUUCGACAGAUAUGUAUGCAUCAGCUCGUGAAAGUAUGCUUAAAGUGAUGAGAGAACCAACGGGAGGCACGGGAAUGGAGAUAGAGCAGGUGCUGCAGCAAAUGGACGAACUAACCAAGAGGUUAGGCUUGUUGGCAGAGAAUGUUGGAAGGAAUGGAGAUACUGCUCGCCUUGCUCGCCGUCAUGACGUACCUUCGGUCGGCUGCCCUCAAGCGCUGACUCCGAUAAGGAAACUACAUAAGCGUGUCCAUUUACGCAAAGUAGAAGAGGCUAAGCGAAAACCAAUCCUGGAGAUCCCAGACUGUGCGCAGGACGAGAAGGACGCGUGUGCUUUAUGCCUUCGGAUGCAGCCUAUCACUGGUAGCACAAACCAUCGAAUUUGUUGGAUUCAAUGUCCAACAUGCGAAGACUGGAUGCAUACAACGUGUGCCCUCGUGACGUAG